CUCCCGGUCUCACUGUCUUACAUAUGCCAGUUCCCGAUAGCUCUUCCCUCGCUAUGCUUCAUUGCUUGAGUCAGUCAGCGGCAGAUCAAGUUUCGGUCUACGUACGCACUUCGCCCGAGACAACAGAUGGUUCUCGAAUACGGGCCCUCAACACGAGCUCCGUCAUAGAACUAUUGCCUUAAUCUGCCGCAGCCACGGCGAAUAUUUCACUGGCACCACAUCGACGAGCCUACGGUGGCGGCCUAACACUUACAUUCCGCGAAUUCUCACCGGUCUCACGCUCCGACAACAGUAUCACACAAGACUGGCUGCCAGGCGGGCGCAGCCCGCGCGACACUAGCUUUC